AAAUAGCCCAUGUCACGUUUUUGCUCAUUCUGACUUUCAUUUCAUUUCGAGAGAACCAAAAUCCAAAAAACAAAUAUUAAAAAAACAAAAAGAAAAAGUCUUACCCUGUUCAUUGUUGGUACCAUAUCGCUGAUCUAAAGAGAAACAAAUCAGUACCUAAAUCUCUUGUGAAACAUUAAUGGAUCGUCCUCACUUUGUCUUAGUCCCACUCAUGGCACAAGGCCAUAUGAUCCCCAUGAUAGACAUGGCCAAGCUCUUGGCAGAGCGUGGAGUUGUUGUGAGCUUAGUGACAACCCCUCACAAUGCCUCGAGAUUCGAAAUGACGAUCAAUCGAGCUGCAGAUUCCGGCCUCCCAAUCAGGCUGGUUCGGAUCAAAUUCCCAAGCCAAGAAGUGGGACUCCCAAUUGGGUACGAGAAUCUCGACAGCUUGCCUUCGAGAGACCUUCUUAGAAAGUUCUACAAAGCCCUCGACAUGUUGCAACAGCCACUAGAGGAUUAUCUCCGAGAUCAAACUCCGGCACCGAGCUGUAUAAUAUCGGACAAAUGUCUGUUUUGGACGUCGGAGAUAGCUAAGAAGUUCAACAUUCCGAGGAUUGUUUUCCAUGGUAUGUGUUGUUUCUCACUCUUGGCUGCUCACAAUAUCAAGCUCCACAACGUUCAUCAAUCGGUCACUUCCGAUUCCGAGCCUUUUCUCAUACCGGGCCUAGGUGAGAGUUUCAACAUCCGAGUCACCAAGGCCCAGUUGCCCGGAUCGUUCGUGACUCAGCCCGAUUUGGACGAUUUUCGAGACAAGAUGAGAGAGGCUGAAUCUGAAUCCUUUGGUGUUGUGGUGAAUAGUUUUGAAGAAUUGGAAAAAGGAUUUCGAGAACAAUUCUCAAAGGCACUAAACAAGAAGGUUUGGUGCAUUGGGUCGGUGUCUAUGUGCAACAAGGACAACUUGGACAAAUUGGAGAGAGGAAACAAGGCUUCAAUCAACGAACGGCAAUGCCUAGAUUGGUUGGACAAGAUGGAGCCAAACUCUGUCGUUUAUGCUUGUCUUGGCAGCCAAUGUCGUUUGGUUCCAUCCCAACUGAGGGAGCUAGGUUUGGGCUUGGAGGCAUGUGGGAAGCCUUUCAUCUGGGUGGUCAAAAGAGAGGAGAAAAAUUUUCAUGAGUUUGAGAGAUGGGUUUUGGAGGAGAGAUUUGAGGAGAGAAUCAAAGGAAGAGGACUCUUGAUAAAGGGGUGGGCCCCACAAGUGCUGAUUCUUGCCCAUCAAGCGGUUGGGGUGUUCUUGACACAUUGUGGAUGGAACUCAACAAUUGAAGGGGUUUGUUCCGGUCUGCCAAUGAUUACUUGGCCACUUUUUGCCGAGCAAUUCUUGAAUGAGAAGUUGGUUGUGGAAGUUUUGAAGAUUGGAGUUAGUGUCGGAGUUGAAGUACCCGUUAGGUGGGGUGAGGAAGAGAAAGUUGGGGUGUUGGUGAAGAGAGAUGAUGUGAAAAGGGCCAUCAUGAUGGUGAUGGACGGUGGAGAUGAAGAAGCGGAUAAUAGAAGGGAAAUGGCAAGAAAGGCUAUUGAAGAAGGAGGAUCUUCUCACUUGAACAUGUCUUCUUUAGUUCAAGACAUUAUAAUGGAGCAAAAUGGUCGUGGAAACAUUAAUUAAGGCUAAUUAAGCUUGCUAGUUGCUCUUGGUGUGGAGUUGCUCACAAGUCACAACUAUCAUGCGAAAAAAAAUAUUCAAUAAAUUAUUAUUGUGUUUCGUGUCAUUAUUAACAAUUCAUAAAAUAAGCUCUUAUUAGGAGACUUUGUUAUAGAUUCGAGGUUAUAAAUAAAAACAGUUAUAUAUAUAUUUAUAUAUAUCUUAUUUUAUAGCUAGGAAUGUAUCUAAGUAA